AUGUCGGACAUUGUACAAAUAAGACAAUCUUUCUUUCCACCAACCCCGUCAGCAUACAUUUGGCUGCUUUGGGUAUUCCAUUGGUUUCCUGCGGGUUCGAUAGGACAGUGGUUCAGUGACCAUCACCCAGUCGGCAAAUUCUCCGUUUCACGACGUUCCAAUAUCAACGGCAGAUUUGGAUGGCUCUUUAUGGAAAUCAUUGGACCUGUAAACAUGCUCUAUGUCAUGUGGAAACUGGAACCGUCAAUUCUCGGACUACCUUUGUGGAACAAGGUUACCGCUGCACUGUAUGUGAUUCACUACGUUAACCGCGCCGUCCUACAACCAUUAUUUAUCGCGCCGAGCAUGUCUCCCAUUGGGAUGGAGAUCUUUCUGGUCGUAUCGACGUUCAACUGGAUGAAUGGAGCGAUAUUUGGAUGCUGGGUUGUCGGGUACGAUACAAAAAUUGCCGGAUACAACGUCAGAAUUUCUGGUUCGGAGCCAUUAUCGGGUUGGCGCAAGGCCAUACCUUACGCCGGUCUCAUCAUCUUUGCAUUCGGUUGCGUUAACAACAUCCGGGCACAGCUCACUUUGUGGCGCAUGAGAAGAGAGGAGGCCCAUCGCCGCGUCACCAAAGACAAGAAGAAGCAUGCGCAACAGGAGAACAUUUACAGCAAAGUAUACGUUAUCCCACCCCCAAGGGGGCUUUUUACCUCGCAUUUAUAUCCACACUAUUGGUAUGAAUGGAUCGAGUGGUUUGGGUAUACACUCGUGGGCACAGCGGUCUUGUCCUCGAUUGCUUUCGCUUCCCGCCCAGUCACGACACAGGAGUUGAUGGUAGCACCAUGGCAUUGGCCCCUAGCACAACUGGCAGAGAAAUAUCAGAUUCCAUUUCCUUUGCCGGCUCUGGCUUUCCUGUUGAACUGUAUGGCGGCGAUGUUGCCCCAAGCGAGACGCGGACUAAGAUGGUAUAAGCAAACGUUCGGCAACGAGGCCGUCGUUGGCCGGUCAGCUAUCGUCCCUGGUGUCUCAUUCUUAUAG